AUACGUUACGCAACUGAAUUUUUAUUUUAGUGAAAGUAUAUAAGUUGUUUAAACAUAACAGUUAUUAAUACAGUUUUACAAACUCUUUGAAUCAAUUUCAAAAUGGCUCGAUCUCUGUUGAUUAACAUUUUUCUUUUGACAUUCAUUGUCGCAUGUGUUUAUGCCGAUGGAUGCCCUAACGAGUGCGGACAAAACGAAACUUGUAAUUUAUGCGGUAAUCAGUGUGAGCUAAAUUGCAAAGAUAUACAUAGAAAUAUUUGUCCACUCAUCUGCAACCCGCCAGCAUGUGCCUGUGACCCGGAAUACGCAAGGGACAAUUUAACUGGCAGAUGCAUUCAUAAACUCCAGUGCCCACAGUACAAAUAACUGCUCUUAUGAUGGCUUAUAAAAUAUAUUAUAAAAAUAUUCUUCACUAGAUAAUAUUUUAAUAUUAUUUUAUCAGAUAUUAAAUUCUGGAUAAAGUUAUGUUUAGUUUGGUUUAGUUUAUCAAUAAAUUAUGCCAAGGCAGUUGCCGAAUGGCAAAGAGUAAAUAUA